AACGUGUAUAUAUAUACAUAGAGAGAGGUCCUUUCAAUUCGUAUUAACAGGUAGAGAUAGAGAGAGAUCCCUUGCAAUUCUUCCUUGGAACAAUGGACCUGAGGUUAUAUGAGGUCUGUGAGACCGGCAAUUUCACGGCCUUCCAAGGAUUGAUUGAGGAAGACAAGUUCAUCUUACGCGAAGUUAUGCCUUUGUCUGGUGACACCUGCCUCCAUGUAACCGCAAGGUUUGGGCAUGCUACGAUCGCUGGAGAGAUCCUCAAUCUCAGGCCAGAUAUGGCACACGCAGUAAACCACGAAGGUCUCACCCCCAUGCACCUAGCUGCAGCCAAUGGGUGCAGAGAAGUUUACGAAUUGCUUCUUAGGACCAAUCCCGGCAAGCUUUGCUUCCUUAGGGACAGAGAUGGAAGGACCCCCGUCCAUUAUGUAGCCAUGAAUGGGGACUACUCAAUGUUCUCAAGCGCAAUGGUUCUUUGUCCCCAAUCUACCACAAGUUUAACUGAUAAGGGUGAGACAGUUUUGCUUCUAUGUGCAAAAUACAAUAAAUUUGAGUUCCUGAACGUCUUGAUCUCAUUCCCCCAAGAUAAGGAGUCUGUGAUUGAUCUAAUUCAUGUACCAGAUAACCAUGGGAACACUCUCAUUCACUUGGCCAAAGUGGCCGGACAACAUGCGCUCGUAACGUAUAUGGAAAGCCGAGCAAAUACAGAGGACCAAACGCGACCUCCGAACGACCGGUCAGUAGAGGAUCUACAAAGCCAAUCUCAGAGAAACCAAAAUCAGCCUGAAAAUAGAGACAAAGCAGAAAAAGAUGGCCAUUUUCAAGAACAAUGGCUUGAAGGCAUAAAGAGCUCUAGGGGUACAACUUCAGUGGUUGCUGCGCUAAUAGCCACUGCAUCCUUCGCUGCGGGAAUUAGCCCUCCUGGUGGCGUUAACAGUGACGGAGCAGCCGCAGGCACAGCUACUAGGGCACACACCGCAGCUUUUAAGGUGUUUGCAGUCGUUAAUGGCCUAGCACUUCUUCUCUCUCUCACCAUUCUCAUACUUGACAUUGUCGUCAUACCAUACCGCCCUGGACCACUUACGAAGCUAGCAGUCAUGACGAGACGUAUAUUGUGGGCAGCGGUCGCUAUGUUAUUGGUCGCCUUCAUGGCCGCAGCAUGGAUUGUCAUGCCGCAUGUGGGAGCCCAUGGCUGGGUGGCGUGGUGCCUCAUGUCAUUGGGGUUGCUCGUAUUUUUCUUGCUAGUGUUCUGUUUGAUCGCGAUGACGCGCUUCCUUUCCGACACAACCAUUCCUUCUUGCUCUUCUGACACAAGCGAGCCUUCUGGUUUUGCAGUGGUGGCUGAGCUUAACAGACGGAAAGAGUACAGCGCUACGCAGCUGGCAUGAUGACAUGAAGAACAUAGUCGUUGUUGUUGUUUCUUUAAUUCUAUUUGCAGUUACUACAAUUUUAUAUAAGUUCUUGCGAGGCACUCGUAUUGUGCAAACUUCUGUGUUCUGCUCAAGUUUAAUUUUUACUCAAAUUCCAGACUGU